AUGGCCAGUGUUUGGCAACGAAAAACAUUGCAGAAUGGUUGCAGCUUUAGAAUUUCCGAAACUGAAAAUAUGAAGGAAGAGAAGGAAAAGGAGGAGACGAAAAUGUCAUAUCUCGAAGAAAAAAACAUAUGCAUACCGAGUUCCUCUAUUUCUUUCAUUACAGUUCCUUCAUUCCACGUAGUACAAGGCGAUGAACCUGGGAUAUCUCCUCAUGCUAUCGUUGGUAAAUCGGCUUCAUGCUUUCAGUUAAGUCGACGUCACGAAGAAUUAGUAGUACACUACACGAUAGAUACUAUUCUAUGCUAUAUUUGA